GUUUACAGUAUUUAUCAAAUUCAAACCCACUCUCUUGCUGCGACAACAUGGCAACCACAACCACAACCACUGCAAAGGUCAACUAUCGCUAUGGCCGGAUCCUGCUGCUGGGCGACUCAAUCACGCAGCUGUCGGCCGUGGAGGGAGCAGCGGCGUCGUGGUCUGCGCUGAUCUCGUCCCACUUCCAGCGCCGCGCUGACGUCCUGCGCCGCGGAUACUCUGGCUACAACACGAGCUGGGUCCGCGCAGGCCUCGUCCAGAUGCUCGAGGCGAACGGCGCCAAGCUGCGCGCAUCCCAGCCGACCGCGAGCGAGCUCGACAACCCAGACACUUGGCCGUUCGACGCCGUGGUCAUCUUCAUGGGUGCCAACGACGCCCGAUUCAACCUGCCCCAGCAUGUGGAUGUCGACCAGUAUGGAGCAAACCUGACCGAGUUUGUCCGCGUCUUCCACGAUCAGCUCGGCGUCCCGCUGCGCCAGAUUGUGAUUGUCACGCCGCCAGCCGUGGCCAACGACAAGUACGAGGCAUACACGAUGCAGACCUACAACGAGCACCGGGCGAGGUCGAACGAGGUCACCCACAAGUACGCGGUCGAGGCGCUGCGCGUUGCUUCCUCCCUUGGGACGCGAUCCCUCAACCUCUGGCAGGCCAUGAACGACCAGAUCGAGGUCUUGCCAGAGCGUCUGCGUGACGGGCUGCACUUUUCCGAGUCUGGCGCCGCGUUCUUUGCCACCUUGCUCAUUCCAGUGCUGGACGAGUGUCUCGCGCACAUCCAGACUGUCCUGCCAGAAUGGCGCAACAUUGACUUUGACAACAUCCCUGGCACCUUCCCGCCACGGACUUGAAGCUGUGAAGAGGUCUUGCUUCGAUUUUGUGCAUGAACAAGGGGUCGCUUCACAAGCAAGAUUGUCUGUAUUAACAUGCAUCAUUUCACAGCAAGA